UCUUCUUGCGAUCGGUUGCAGGAAGCUUUGUUGCAGUGCCAUCGUCGGAUGCCGGAAGGACAAGCGCGCAGGUCUGGAUGCAGACAUCUGAACAAAGCGUUGGCGGAGUGCGUGGUGGGGGAGGCUUGCCCUGAGGAAUAUGAGGCGGUGAGGUCGUUUUGCUCAAGCGGGGGAACCAGCCUGAAGCGGAAACAGUGCGAGGAGGCUCAGUUCUCACUUUCUCUCUGUCUUUCUGGCCAUCAGAGAGACUUUGAGCAGCAGCCUUAGUUAACGA